AUGAGCACUUGGGAAUCAUUCCGGGCCACAGGUCUGGCGUCGGUGGAGUCCUCCGUCUCGGUCAUUGCCAUUCUGGGCUUUGGAUACUACUGUCGAACGAAAAACAUUGUGACCGACUCCGGCGAGGCCUUUGUCUCUAAGCUCAGCACACACAUUUUCCUGCCCUGUCUUCUAAUCACCGAAAUGGGCCCUCACAUGACCAUUGAGAGUAUCACUCAAUACUGGCCUCUACUUCUGGCCCCCAUGCUGGUGUUAAUGCUCACCUACUUCAUUGGAAACAAUAUUGGACACAAGCUCCUUGGUUUCCCCAAGUACAUUACUGCUGGAGUCAUGUUCAACAACACCACUUCUCUGCCUCUGCUCAUGCUGAAGGCCCUUGGAACUACAGGCGCCCUUGAUGUUCUCAUCCCCGAGGGAGGGAAGCUGGAGGACGUUGUAAAGAAGGCAAGUGCCUAUGUUUUGCUUGUUUCUAUCGUUCAUACGAUUGCUCGAUUUUCUCUGGGCCCUAUCAUCAUGGGCCAGAAGGAGGAGAAGUUUGAGGGAGAGACCACUCCUCUGCUUGGAGGAACAGCCGGCCGUCUCGAGCAGAAUGUUGAGACCUUCUACGAGCGACACAUUUCCAAGUACAUCAACGCCGCUGUCAUUGGAGGUCUGAUCGCCAUCUUCAUCGGAAUCAUUCCUCCUCUCAAGUGGUUUAUCUUCGACUUCACCCCCAUGAAAGCUUCUCUGACUCAGGCCGUGACAGAUCUCGGAGAGCUUUACCCUGCCCUCCAGCUGUUUGUGCUCGGUGCCAAGCUCACCGCUAAGCCGAGUGUGCCCGUCAAGCCCUCCUACAUGGUUUUCAUCUUCUGUACUCGAUUCAUUCUUGUGCCCAUUAUCGCCAUCUCAUCCGUCUUCUACCUCCGACAGGCCAACGAGAAUGUGUGGACCAGAGACCCCAUUCUGGACUUCAUUCUGAUGAUGACACCAGCUGGCCCUCCUGCCAUCACUCUGGCCGCUGUUGCUGAGCUUGGUGGAGUUGGAGAGGAUGAGCUGGCCUCAAUUGCACAAAUGCUGCUGUGGUCUUACGCCAUCACUCCAUUCAUUGCCCCUACGGUCGCUGUUGCCAUCCAAGUCGUCAAGGGCGAGUAUGGCCUUUAA